GGAGCGCAACAAGACGCGUUGGAGAGACUCACCAAGCGGACGGGUAAAGUGCCAGUUUCUGGUCUGUUUGUAAGUCACUUUCAGUUUUGUUCACCAGCAGGUACACAUUGAGUUGUACCAAGUGUGCGUAAAUUGACUGGAGAAGUCUAAGAAAGAAAACAGUCUUGGAGUGACCAGCAGCUACCAAAGAACAGGAGGAGAGGAGAAGUAAAAAAGCGCCCGAAGGAGAGACGAGUGCCCGUUGGACAGAAAUGCUCUCUGUGUUGUUUUCUCCACACAUUUCACGUUGUUUUAGGGAAAUGUCGCUGGUCUGCGCUGCGUAAAACCCCGGACUGCUUUCAUGCCACAUGCCUUGAGAAGGAACAGUUAGGCUACUUAUAUUCAAGGGAAACUGUGAGCGGAGCUGAGAUUUCAUAAAGAAGGAGGCACUGGGCUACAACUGAGAACCAGUCACUGAACAGUUACGAACCAUGGUGAAGUUUCAUAACUCGGACCUAUGGAUAGCCUGGAUGGUCAUUUUCUGCAUGGAGGGGUCAAGGUUUGAUCUACACACGGGGAAAGUGUGUGUGCGGGCGCUGGAUGUGACGGUGUCCCAGAGCAGUAUUCAGGUGGCCCGUGGCCAAGCAGCCGUCCUGCCCUGCUCCUUCACCACCAGCGCUGCCCUCAACAACCUCAACAUCAUCUGGAUGGUGAUACCACUGUCCAAUGCCAACCAGCCAGAACAGGUGAUAAUUUACCAGGGAGGCCAGGUGUUCAGCCUCGCCAACCACCUCAAUGGCCGUGUGGGCUUCGUGGCCACCAUGCCAAGUACAAGUGCCUCCAUCUUCAUCAACAACACCCAGCUGUCCGACACUGGGACCUACCAGUGCCUGGUCAACAACCUCCCAGACAGAGGGGGGCGCAACAUUGGCGUCAUUGGGCUCACCGUUUUGGUGCCCCCCUCAAUACCAGCAUGUCGAAUCCAGGGCACGCUGGAUGUAGGCAGUGACAUCAUGCUAUUCUGCAGCUCAGAGGAAGGCAUUCCCACGCCGUCCUACUCCUGGGAGAAGCUGGAUGCGCUGCCCAAGCUGCCGCACAACGCCAUGCAAGACCAGAUGCAGGGCACUGUAACACUGAGAAACAUCAGCACCAGCAACUCAGGACUCUAUCAGUGUACCUCCAGCAAUGUUAUUGGCAAGAGCACCUGUCUGCUUAACCUGCAGGUUGUAGCACCCCAGCCUCAGAGUGUGGGUUUGAUAGCGGGCACCAUUGCUACAGGAGUCCUAGCUGUCAUCAUCUGUUCCCUGUUAGUGGUGGUCACACUCUUUUACUGGAAGAACAAGAACAAAUAUGAUGAGGAGGAAAUCCCCAAUGAGAUCAGAGAAGAUGACCUUCCUCCUAAGAGGUCAUCAUCAGUGAAGGCGUUCCAUGCAGACGCCUCAUCCUCAGAGAACGACACGCUGACGUCUACUAACACCUACAACAGCCGCUACUGGCACAACCCCAAACCCAACUACGACACCAACUCCUAUACACGCUACAAUGGUGACACUCGCCAGACCUUCUCCACUGCUGCUCACAUUUCACAUGCACACGGACAGGCCCAGAACCCAGGACACGGCCACAGUACAGUGGUCACAGCGCCAGGCUCAGCUCCACUGUCCCGCCACGCGCAGCCCACAACAACAACGACAUCGUUUGCCAAUGGCAGCCACACGCUCCCACCACCCAAGACUCUGGUGGUCACCACAAACUCUGCACCGUCCCCUCCCGCCAUGGUGCGCAGCAACGGCUCUGUGAGCCUCAAACCAGUAGUGACGUCCACACACGGGCAGCACACGCACUCCUACGCAGUGAGCCAGGCCACACUGGAGCGGAUGGGAGCGGUGCCUGUCAUGGUGCCCGCCCAAAGCAGAGCAGGCUCGCUGGUUUGAAAUCUCAUUUGGUAAACUGUUCUCUUUGAAAACCAGACUAAAAUAGUGUUUGGUUGUGACGUUUGAAACCCACUGAUUAAAAAAACCCAACUAAAUAUGGGCUGAAGCAGCCUGCUGCCCUUUACAACUGUGUCUUUAUUUAUGUAACACACUGGGAUUUUACAGUGCAGAGUUCAUUUAAUGCCAAUUCCUUGAUGAGCGGAACCCUUGUAGACAAGCAUCAUCCCCUUAUUGGAUGGAUUUUCCUGGCCGGUGUGGUGGGAACUAUUUUUCAACGACUUGGAUGAUUUAACAAAGCUGGAAAUUUCCUGCAGAACCUGGAUUCCCUGGUCAUUUUCAGGGCUGGAUCAUUGUGAUAAUUGGGUUAAUUGUGGGGGACUCAAAGCAACACAAAGCAUUUUCAUCUCAAUGUGUUCAUACUGAAUGGUCAGACAGAAGUGAGCUCGGAUUCCCACAUAAAUGCGUGUGUCUCUUGUUUUAGGAUAACAAAUUAAAUCAAUUUUAGUUCCAAUAAUUUAAUUUCCCAGUUGUAAUUUUGAUUGACAGAAAAUGAAAUUAUGUUGGGUGAAAUGGCCUUAGAAGCUUACGGAGAGUGGUUUUACUGGGUGCAAUACAUUGCAUAAUAUACUUUACUUCAUUGAAAGCAAACAUUUUAAUUACAUUUUCGCACUUUUCAGAGCAAUUUUCUAUCAAAACUGCUGUCUUAUAAACAAUUACUUAGUCUUAAAUAAUGACAUACUUUAAGGCCAUUGCAUAUCAAGUCCGUAUUUUUUAAAAUCGUUAUGCACAGACACCUUGCACACUGAGUCUGUUGCGUUUUAUUAUUCUAUCCAUAAUGUUGAAUAUUAAAAAUAAAUAAGAGCCUGAUUACGCCCCGUAAAGUCCAGGUCAGACCAAAGAUUCUGGACAAGACGAGUGAAAACUUGCAGCUACCUCUAAUGUGCAAUGUUCUGAAACCUGCCAGUUUACACCAAUGCAACGAGAUGAGACGGUGUAACAUAUUCAUAGCGCGACUCUUUGUACUUUCGUCAUACAUUCCGACUUUCAGGCUUUUUUUGUAGCUGAUAUCAUUUGUUGCAUCUAAAUAUGAAUGUGGAUAACAUUAGUGAUAGUGAGAUUCUUGCUACAGCUGCAUUUCUUGCGGAGCUGAAACGGCGAAAACAGCAUUUUAUUUCUCUGAUUCACUGCUUUGUUUUAACGACGGUUGCUCUCUUCAGUUAUUCUCUAGCUCGUUCGACCAUACUGUGCAUGAGGGCGCUCGUUGAGCCUCCGGGCCAGUUCAGACUGCUUUUUUUAAACUCUGGUUGAUUUAUGAGGACUAACUGCUCCUCAGAUCUCUGCAGGGUA